AUGAUCUUCCACUGCUGUUUUGAAGGCUGUGGAAAGUCGUUUUCAAGAAAAUCCAAGCUCAACGACCACUUCAACUCACACACAAAGAACAGACCCUACAAAUGCGACAUGUGUGAGAAAUCCUACAUGAAGAACGGCCACCUCUCUGUGCACAAGAAAAAGCACUUCCCUCCAGAGCUCAAAUGCGAAAGAUGCGGGUACAUGUGCCACACGAAAGACAGGUUGCAGAGGCACCAGAAGACAUGUCUGAAGUAUAGAUGCACCAUCUGCGGAAAAGAGUACAAAAAGAAAUCUUGGUUCGAUGUCCAUACAGAGAGUCAUCAUGUUAAAGUGUUUAAUGGUAGGAGGAAGAAACAUAUAUGUGAAUAUUGUAAGUUUGAGUUUAGUAAGAAGGGGAACCUUCUAGCCCAUAUAAGAUCUUCCCAUCUUUUGAUAAAGCCCUUUAAGUGCUCAUGCGGCAAGGAAUAUGCCUACAAUGCAUCCUUAGACAAGCACAGAAAAAGAUGCACUUUCUAG